ACAGAAAAGCCGCUGCUCCAUUCCCCACACCAAACCCUAGCCCCGGCGAGCGGCGGCGGCCUGCGCCGUGAGGCCUUCUGCCUCGAGGAACUGGCCCGUGAGUCGGGGAGGAGGUGAUGGUGUGAUGCCGCCAGGAGGAGGAGGAUGCAGACAUGGUUCCACGGCGCAGGACCACCCGCCGGCGACCGUACUCCGCGACGAGGGAGAUCCGCUCCUCGUCCUUGCUCGACUAGCUUCUCAGGAGAAGAAGCAGAAGCAGCAUGAGUAUGAGUAUGAGCAGGAGCAGGAGCAGCCGGCCGUGAGCAUCCCUGAGGGCCCUCUCGCCGAGAUCCUCGCUCGGGUGCCCUACAGGUCGCUCUGCCGCUUCAAGUGCGUGUCCAAGCCGUGGCUUGCCCUCUGCUCCUCCCGGGAUAUCUGCAAGAGGUCGCCGCAGACCCUUUCGGGUUUCUUCUACUACGACAGUGAUGCCCUCCUCAGUUUUUGUAAUUUGAAUGGGAGAGGUCCGCCUCUGGUCGACCCCUCUCUCCCUUUCUUGCGUGAGAGGUACAAACUCAUUUUUGUCAAAGGAUUCUGCGCCGGCCUUCUCCUUUGCACAUGCUGGGAAUCGUGUUCCAUGGGUGGAGAAAGCCAUUAUGUUGUGUGCAAUCCUGCAACCAAAGAGUGGACUGUGCUGCCUCCUAUUGUAAUUCCAGCUGAAGAGGUAAGCCAUCGGUUACACCCAAUCCCUUACUUAGGUUUCGACGCGACUAUUCCAACCUGCUUUGCGGUGUUUGCCCCCCUAAGGAAGGGUCAGAGUGAUUCCGGAAUAGUGGCAAUCUACUCAUCACAAACUGGACAGUGGACUUACGUGCAGAGCAAGUGGUCUGCCAGAACUCAUAUAGAUCAUGUUAGGAAAAGACAUGUCCUCCUGGACGGCACUAUGCAUUUAACUACCCGCCAGAAAUCAAUCGUCACAGUUGACAUGGAGGGGAAAGUUUGGAGGGAGAUUAAAAUGCCAGAUCGCUUGCCAAGCAACGUUGAUAUUGUUUCCAUUGGGAAGUCUCAGGGACGCUUGUAUGCGUGGCAGAUAGACAAUCGUCAUGAUCGCCAGCUCUAUAUUUGGGUUCUUGAUGAUUAUGGUACUGGAAAGUGGAUCUUAAAGCAUACUGUUAACGUUUUGGAACUGUUUAGAAGGCCUGGUUCUAUUUCGGUGUUUUCAGUCUAUCCAGAUUGUAAUGUGGGUGUACUUAACGACAGGGAGAAGAUUGGAAAGCCUUGUCGCAAUGGUUAUGAUACUUAUGACAUGUUUGCAGUUCAUCCAGAUUGUAAUGUGAUUUUUCUCACCGACAAGAAAAAGAUGACAAUAUCAUACAAUUUGGAUAAUCAUAAAGUGGAAAUUAUCUGCACUGAAUCCAUUCAUGGUCUACCUUAUAUUCCGUGUUUUGCGGAAUUGCCCGUCAACUGGUCAUUGAGAGUCGGUGCAGCAUCAAGUACUCAGAAUGGUACGCCACCUUUGUAAAAAGCAGUGGCUACCAUGGGCCUACUCUUCCAAUUCCAUGACAUUGUUUAGAUAUGUCCUAACUCCUAUGUCUAUAGUAUGGUAUUCCUAUCUGUUGGUA